AAUUUUAUUUGGAAGAAGAUAGAAGAACACCAACAAAUUAUGUGUUCUUCUUCUUCCCUCAUUUGAAUCCAUUUAUUUAUACAAUCUUCUCUUCAUUUAUUGUAUUUUCUGGCUUGUUCAGUAGCAACAGGCCAGAGAGACUAGUGAUUUGACAAGACAAAGUUUGAGCUAUGUUGUGCUGUGGAGGUACUGAAGAGGAUUUUACCGGCCUAGCUGCAAGCCAUUAUAGUGCAUCACCUAUUGGGGGUAACGCAUACGGUGGUGGUGGUGGAGGCGGCGAUAGAGGAGAGCCGAGGAGCAAUAUUGUGAAGAGCGGUGGUCCACAGAAAGAAUUAGCAAUCGAGAUACCGGCUAUUCAAUUGAAUGAGUUAAACCGGUUAACUGAUAACUUUGGUACAAGUGCGCUUAUUGGAGAAGGUUCCUAUGGGAGGGUUUUCCGCGCAAAAUUGAGCAAUGGUAUGGAUGCUGCAAUUAAGAAGCUUGAUACUAGUUCUUCACCCGAACCUGACUCCGAUUUCGAAUCACAGUUAGCAAUUGUUUCAAGACUGAAGAAUGACCAUUUUGCGGAGUUGGUCGGAUACUGUCUUGAGGGAAAUAACAGAAUUUUGAUUUAUCAAUAUGCUAGCCUUGGUUCCUUGCAUGACACGUUACACGGAAGGAAAGGAGUUCAAGGGGCUGAACCUGGUCCAGUUUUAAAUUGGAACCAAAGAGUGAAAAUCGCAUUUGGUGCAGCAAAAGGACUUGAGUUUCUUCAUGAGAAGGUUCAACCUUCUAUAGUUCAUAGAGAUGUUAGAUCAAGCAAUGUGUUGCUGUUUGAUGAUUAUGAGGCUAAGAUUGCAGAUUUCAACUUGACAAAUCAGUCUUCUGACACGGCGGCUCGGCUACAUUCAACAAGAGUCUUGGGAACAUUUGGCUAUCAUGCUCCAGAGUAUGCUAUGACAGGGCAAAUAACUCAAAAAAGUGAUGUUUACAGUUUUGGAGUUGUGCUUUUAGAACUCUUGACAGGAAGAAAGCCAGUGGACCAUACAAUGCCUAAAGGGCAACAAAGUCUUGUAACAUGGGCAACUCCAAGACUAAGUGAAGACAAAGUGAAACAAUGUGUGGAUCCUAAACUAAACAAUGACUACCCGCCAAAAGCAAUUGCUAAGUUGGCAGCAGUUGCAGCACUUUGUGUUCAAUAUGAAGCUGAUUUCAGGCCAAACAUGACAAUUGUUGUAAAAGCUCUUCAGCCACUUCUCAAUUCAAAACCAGCUGGACCUGAUCAAUCUAAUGCUUGACAUUUUCACAUUUUAUAUAACCUAUUUCAGAAUGAAGGGCUAAUCAGGUUUUUUGUGCAAUUAUGUAAACACAAUGAAGUUAUUCCUAAUUUCGUUGUUCUAGAGAUUGUAUUAAGCCAAGCCAACGUUGAUUCUGGCUUCUUGAUCUCCUGUUCAACUGGAAAAAAUGUAUUGUGUGCAUAAUGCAUGAAGGUAUAAGCACAUAAAUUAUGAAAAUCGUUAGACAAAGUAUUAAGAUUUUUUAUGUUCUUUUA